AUGUCAUUUGCGCAGAAGUCAGAGAAGAAAUGGACGGAGGAGGAAGACGACAUCCUCAGAGCUGCCGUAGCAGAGUACGGUAGUAAGCUUUACACUUGUGCUCACUCAAUCGCCCCAGGUCGCUCAAAUAAGAGCUGCCGCAAGCGCUGGAUCCACUCGCUCGACCCAUCCUUGCGCAAGGGCCGCUGGACGUCCAACGAAGACGCGGUCCUCCUCGACGCUGUCUCGCAGCACGGCCAGAACUGGUCAAAGGUUGCGCGGCACGUCGAGGGCCGUACGGACGACCAGUGCGCCAAGCGCUGGCGCGAGAACCUCGACCCGGCCAUCUCGCGUGAGCCGUGGACGCAGGAGGAGGAUAAGAUACUCCUGGAAGCGCUGCGGGUGCACGGACAAAAGUGGAACACUAUCAGCACGUUGCUGCCGGGGCGUGCGUCGGUGCACUGUCGGAAUCGGUAUAGUCGACUGAGGAGGGCGAGGGAUACGCAAGCACCGGGGGAGUCGAGGACGUCGUCGCCUGGCGAGGGUGAUGUCGAGCAGGCGUCUUCGUCUUCUUACCCCACUCCGGUGCGUUGGCUUCGGUAUUCGGUUGAUAGAGUUUGGAUUAACGUUGUCGUUUCCACAUUCGUAGCCCGAUAA